AUGUACUGGAUCGUUUUCGCUCUUUUUACCACUUUCGAAACAUUUUCUGAUUGUUUGUUAUCAUGGCUCCCAUUCUACUACGAAAUAAAAAUAGUAUUUGUGCUAUGGUUGCUGUCUCCCGUUACAAAGGGUUCAAGUUUUUUGUAUAGAAAAUUUGUUCAUCCACAGCUUACAAAAAGAGAAAAGGAAAUAGAUGAAUACAUAUUGCAUGCUAAAGAUGCCGGCUACUCAACAGUACUUAGGCUUGGCAGCCGGGGAAUUAGCUAUGCUACAAAUGUCAUUGUCAAAACUGCCAUCCAAGGGCAGUCUCGGCUUGUCAAUCACAUUCGUAGAAGCUAUAGCAUGAGUGAUUUGUCUGAUGAUUAUGUUGAUCAGCCACGAUCAAGGGACAGAAGUGGAUCCAUUCCUGAAAGCGAGGAUGAACUUGAUAACCGGUUGAUAGAAGAUAACAAGGAAUUAGAGAGCCGAAAAAAGGACCAUGAUCCACAUUAUGUGCCAGAAGACAAAGAAGAUCUGGCAAGCACCAGACAAAUUUAUCACACAAACUCUGCUUCCAGUAGACUAAGGACAGGAUUAUACAGUGUUCCUGAAGAAAGUAGUCCCUCAUCGUCUUCCCUGACUAAGCCCUACACUUUAGGUUCAUACAGUAGCCGAUAUAGUAGUACCACUGGCUAUGACUUGCGUAAUUUGACAAAAAAGGAGGUCCGCAGUUCUUCCUAUCUUGGCUAUCCCAGCUACAGCGGGACAGGUUCACUUCCCCGUCACCGCUAUUCCUGGUCUUCUUCCGACUAUAGCCGCACUUGGAAACAUUAA